AUGUCCCGCCCAGCACCUUUGGAUGAUACCUACUGCGUGUGUGAGCUAUGCCAGUUGUCCCCAUCUAUCGAUCGUGGAAUGGUUGCCUGCGACGAGUGCGGUAAAUGGUUUCAUUAUUCCUGUGCGAAUGUGGACGACUCUAUUAAGGACCAACCGUGGUGCUGCAAGCUUUGCCUGGCGAUGAGGUCCCAGCGGCACAGAGGAACUAGCACAGUGUCAUCCAGGAGAAAGAAGGCAAAGGAAUUAGAACUCAGGCGCUUGGACGAGGAGUAUGCUAUGCAGCAGGAGUAUAUGCGAAGAAGAUAUGACGUAAUGGCUUCGUAUAUCGACGAAUCCGAUGAUGAUGAGGAGGAAAGCGUUCAAAACUCGAAGGUGAGCAACGUUAGUCGGACCAGACAGUGGAUCGAUAAGCAAAUAGAGGUAAAGGGAGGACCAAAAGCCUUCGAGACCUACGGUGUGCAAGCGAUCCCAGUAGCUGGACCAAGCCACGUUGGCUUGCAAGGGGACUGUUUUCCAGGAACUCCACCCGGUCGUCCUGAUUCCCGUGUUCUACCCCGACAUCAUAACAUUCCGCCAGCAGCAGUAGUACACGAUAGACAACAAACGUACCAUGUUCCGUCACCACCGGAACUCCAGCCGCUAGGGAGUACCAUGAAUUCGUACGGGCUGGGGAUGGUCUCUAGCGUAGCUCGAUCCCAGGAACCUCUGGAUGACCGAGACCACAGAGCGUCAUCGUUCGCACCUCAUGACGUUGCUACAUUUCGAAAUAUAGCGGGACCAAGAAUGGCAAAUUCCGUCAAUAUGAACGCGAAUUUUGAACGGAAUGAAAGACAGCGGCAAUCAGCAUCAGUACCGCCGUCAAUGCUCGGAGGAUUCCCGGUGUGUGGACCAUCAUCAGCUCAAAUAGCCGCUAGACAGGUCUGGCCGAAAAAGCUGCCAACAUUUUCCGGAGCAGUCGAAGAAUGGCCCAUAUUCAUAAGCUCAUACGAAAACUCAAAUACAGCGUGUGGGUUUUCAGACGUAGAAAACCUGAUCAGGUUACAAGAAAGUUUGAAGGGUCCGGCACUUGAGACCGUACGAAGCAGAUUGGUCCUACCUGCGAACGUGCCCAGAGUAGUAGACACACUGCGUAGAAUCUAUGGUAAACCGGAAGUGCUAAUUAGAUCAUUGAUUUCGAAGGUACGAAGCAUCGAACCCCCAAAACAGGAAAGGCUGGACACUGUUAUCAAGUUCGGAAUGGCAGUCCAGCAACUAUGUGAUCAUUUAGAAGCUGCGAAUCAACUAGAUCACCUAAGCAAUCCGGUUCUGCUCCAAGAAAUGGUGGAUAAAUUACCCACUAGUUUCAAGCUAGAGUGGGUGCGUUUCAAGAAGGUCGUACCGCAUGUGUCGAUUCGGACUUUCGGAGACUUCAUGGAGCAGUUGAUGGACGAGGCGAGUGAAGUCACUUUUGUGAACCCAACUAUGGAGACAGCAGCGAAACAGGAAAGGAAGCCACCAAAAGAAAAAGGCUUUAUCCACGCCCACAACGAUGUAGCCGGUGUCAACGGAGACGACAAAUCAAGGAGGUUUGCAACCCAAGCGUCGGAGGAUAAACCGUGUGCGACGUGUUCGAAGGUCGGGCAUCGUGCAAGGAAUUGCGAAGACUUUAGAAAGCUAUCUCUCGGUGAACGCCUGCGCCUGGUCGCUGACCGGAAUCUUUGUACGCUGUGUCUCUACAAUCAUGGCACCAUGCGAUGUCGAAAUAAGCUGCAGUGCAACGUUUCGGGAUGUGGAGCAAAGCACCACCCCUUGCUACAUCGCGUAGAAAAGGCACCAGAAACGAGCUGCAUGCUGCACCAUAGGAAAUCGAAGUCGUCGGUCAUAUUUCGAGUGGUACCAGUGAUCUUGGUUAACGGGGCCAAGCAAUUCCGAACUCACGCGUUCUUCGACGAGGGUUCAUCCAGAACAUUGUUGGAAAAGGGAGUGGCUACCAAGUUGGGUCUGAAAGGUGCGAUAAGGCCACUGAACCUGACAUGGACGUCUGGCGUGACUAGGACCGAGAAAUCAUCGAUGUCGGUGAAAUUGGCCAUAUCCGGCAAGGACGAGGUCGAACAGUAUCAGCUGAAUGAAGUACAUACGGUGGAUCGACUCAAUUUGCCGCAGCAGACCGUGAACUUCAACGAACUGGUGGAGAAGUUUGCACAUCUACGGGGCAUUGACAUUGGGAACCAGGAAAGUGCCCAGCCGACUAUUCUAAUCGGACUGGAUAACAUGGACCUGAUGGCGCCGAUCGAAUCGAGAAUCGGCAAUGAAGGCGAACCUAUCGGCCUGCGGUGUAAACUCGGAUGGACGAUCUGUGGCCCGACUAGAGCGAUUGCAGGGGAAGACUACUGCGGUGUUCAUCAGUGCGACGUUGAAAUGGAUCAAGCUUUGAAGGAUUAUUUCACUAUGGAGGAGGCCGGCGUCAACUGCCCCUACCGAGUAGAAUCCGAUGAAGAUCGUCGGGCACGUGGGAUCUUGGAACAAACUACCGUGAGAAUUGGUCAAAGUUUCGAGACGGGUCUGCUCUGGAGGAUAGAUGACGUCAACAUGCCUGACAGUUACCCGAUGGCAUACAGGCGACUACAGAGCUUGGAAAAGCGUUUUGCGAAAGAGCCAGGUUUGCAGGACAGGGUCAAUACUGCUAUUGAGGAGUUCGUCAGAAAGGGCUACGCGCACAAGGCGUCCUCCGAGGAAUUGGCAGGCACCGAACCCGGUAAAAUGUGGUACCUACCACUGAACGUGGUGGUGAACCCCAAAAAACCGGGGAAGAUUCGUUUAACACUGGAUGCGGCAGCGAAAGCAGGAGGCGUUUCCUUAAAUGAUAUGCUGAUCAAAGGACCGGAUAUGCUCGUUUCUUUACCAGUGAUACUCAACCACUUUCGAGCACGGCGGAUCGGCAUAGGAGGAGACAUAAGGGAAAUGUUCUUGCAAAUUCGGAUGCGUGAGCAGGACAAACAGUUCCAGCGAUUUUUGUUCAGGCGCGAGAAGAACAGCGCCCCUGACGUUUACAUCAUGGAUGCCGUUAUAUUCGGAGCUAAAUGUUCACCCUGCAAUGCACAUUUCACGAAAGAUACCAACGCACUAGAGCACGCGAGUCGUUUCCCAGCCGCUGCAGACGCAAUAAUCAAUCGACACUAUGUCGAUGAUUAUUUUGACAGCGCAGAUGAUGAAGAUGAAGCGAUUAAACGGGCUCUAGAAGUACGUCAUGUCCAUUCUCUGGGAGGAUUCGAGAUCCGAAGUUGGCUGAGUAACUCACCUAAAGUGCUGGAAGCUCUCGGAGAUCAUGAGGGAGUCGCCAAGACUCUCUGCUACGACAAGGCUGUGGGGUCCGAGAGAGUGCUAGGUCUGCUCUGGAGACCCGAUGAGGACGUCUUCUCAUUCAACACGGAAUUGAUGACAAAUCUGGAUCCGUAUCUCAUCGACGGAGUCCGACCAACAAAGCGUAUCCUAUUGAAGUGCGUAAUGAGUUUCUUUGAUCCCAUUGGAUUUCUGUCGCCCCUGCUGAUCCACGGAAAAAUUAUUAUUCAAGAAACUUGGAGGAGUAACACAGAAUGGGAUCAGCCCGUUACUGAUGAGAUCUUCAGAAAAUGGCUUGACUGGACCAAAAUGUUGCCGAGCAUCGAAUCAGUCAAAAUCCCACGCUGUUUUUUCGGAAACGAAUCGAUUAACAACGUCAGCAACAUACAAUUACAUAUUUUCUCGGACGCUGGUGAGGAUGCCUACGGUUGCGUAGCGUACCUUCGGUACACAGUAGCAGCUGACGUCCGGUGCUCUUUGAUUGGAUCUAAGUCUAAAGUGGCACCGCUGCAGUUAACAUCAACACCUCGAUUGGAACUGCAGGCAGCUGUCAUCGGAGCACGAAUGCUGAACACCCUAUGCUCAUCUUUGUGCGUGCCGAUCCAAGAGCGCUUUCUGUGGGUGGACUCCAUGACCGUUCUAUCGUGGAUAAGAUCCGACAGCCGGAAGUACAAGCCAUACGUAGCACACCGUGUUGCAGAGAUCCUACACACAACGAACGUAGCGGACUGGAGGUACGUCCCGUCUAAGAAAAACGUUGCGGAUGACAUGACCAAGUGGGGCGACGGUACAACGUUGGACGCAGAGUGUAGGUGGUUUAAAGGACCAUCAUUUUUAUUCGAUGCAGUGGAGUCGUGGCCUGAACAACCAGGAACCAAACCCUUAGUCCCCGAAGAACUCCGAACCUGUUAUCUGUUAUAUCAUAUCGUCCUGCCGGAACCAAUCAUAGACGUGACUCGAAUUUCCAAGUGGCGAGUGCUACUCCGUACGGUGGCUUUGGUUUUUCGGUUUAUCUCCAACUGUAGGCGAAGGGUGAAGAAGCUACCUAUUGAAGCGAUCAGUGGUGUUGAAGAAAGGCCUUCGACGAUUCCAGCAGUGUGGGUGGUGAUCCAACAGGAAGAACUGAAUAAAGCUCAACGAGUCUUGUGGCGCAUGGCUCAAUCGGAUUCUUUCGCGGAUGAAGUGAAAGUGCUGAUGAAGAACAAAGAACUUCCACCGAGUGAAUGGCUCCAUAUCGAAAGAUCUAGUCGUCUGUUUAGGACUUCGCCAUUCAUGGACCAGGACGGAGUGGUGAGAAUGGAGGGUAGAACGGCAGCGGCCGAGUUCGCUGCGACCUGUACACGAUUUCCAGUGAUAUUGGCUAGAGAACACCCGAUUACAGCGAAGAUAAUUGAAGAUUUCCAUGUGCGAUACGGCCAUGCAUCAAAGGAAACAUUGGUGAACGAAGUGCGUCAAGCCUACUUCAUCCCGAAAUUGCGCACAGCGGUGGGGAAGGUGAUCAACGGCUGCUUGGUGUGUAGGCUGCGCAAGAGUAAACCGAUUGUCCCACGAAUGGCCCCACUACUGGUUCAACGAAUGCAGCCAUUCAUCAGAGCCUUCAGCUACGUGGGUUUGGAUUACUUCGGGCCCAUUGAUGUGAGUAUCGGCAGGAGAACUGAAAAGCGUUAUGUAGCACUCUUCACAUGCCUGGUAGUAAGAGCCGUGCACUGUGAAGUUGCUUUCAGUCUCAGUACUGAAUCGUGUAAACUAGCCAUCAGGCGUUUCAUUCGACGACGUGGCUCCCCUGUGGAAAUAUUCAGCGACAAUGGCACGAAUUUCAAGGGAGCCAGCCGAGAAUUAAGAGAAGAGCUGAAGAAGAUCGAUGUGGACUGUGCCAACACGUUCACGGAUGCAAGGACCAAAUGGACCUUCAAUCCCCCAUCCGCUCCCCACAUGGGCGGUGUGUGGGAGCGAAUGGUGAGGUCUGUUAAAGACGCGAUGGCUGUGCUGAAUGACGGCCGAAAACUAAACGAUGAAAUAUUGAUAACCACGUUGACUGAAGCUGAGUACCUGAUCAACUCGCGCCCCUUGUUGUAUUCUGGUACCGAGGAUACAGAGCUAGACGCUAUCACACCUAACCAUUUCCUGUUUGGGAGCUCUUCUGGACAACAUGAACCGUUCCAGACACCGAUUUCACUGGCCGAAGAACUGAAGAGCAGUUAUAAGCGUUCGCAAGCCUUAGCAAAGGAGCUUUGGACACGAUGGUGCAAGGAGUACUUCCCAACUUUGAAUCAGCGAAGUAAGUGGUAUGCGGAUAGUCGGGCUUUGAAAGUUGGGGAUCUUGUCUUUGUAAUGGAUACUAAGGACACCGCUGGAGUGCGCGGCAUCGUAGACGAGGUUUUCACUGGAUUGGACGGACGUGUUCGACAAGCCGUAGUUCGGACUAACUCAGGAUGUUUCAGGAGACCCGUUUCAAAAUUGGCGGUUCUUGAAAUAGAGAAUAAUCCUGGUGAGGUUGCUGAGGAAAGAUAG